AUGUAUGACGAUGAAUAUGUUCCUCAAUACCUCACUCUCGGAGCAUCCAGUUCUGGAGAUGACUUGAGUUUGACAGGGAACGAGAAGAGGCUCGGCACUAGUCGCAUUGCCACACACGCGAAGUCACACUUCACGGCAACUUCGUCGCAAACUGAUGAAGACGAACCCGGACCCAGCAACCAUCUUCUUGCUUCGAAUUCUUUUGCUGAUGUCGUCGCAAAUGCUAUGCAAGAAAUUGCAAUCAGCCUCCCUAAAUUGGGAAAAAUUCUUCGCCAGUUUUAUCUUGACGUCGCCAACAAGGAAACUCUAUACGCUAAAUUGGAGAAUACAUUUGUGAACAUGGACCAUGUAAAGAAAAUGCUGGACAACGUUGAAACUAUUCGGAGUUCCUCCGAUUCCGUUGUCAGAGCACUGACGGUUGUCGUACGAGAGCAGAAUCAAUUCAUCGCCGGGAUGGCCACAGUCAUGGAUUACAUGCUCACUAAACAACGAGAGCAAGUGCGCCAAUUGCAAAAGACGAACUACCGUGUAUCCAAAACCUCCGAGAAGUGGCUGCCUGAAGGCUACGUGUUCCAACGGAAAAAUAUUACCCGAACUUGGAUUUGGCGAGAAGAAAUGCUCUUUAAGGAAGUCAAUUUGCUCGAGCUUCUUGAAAGCUGGAAGCCUCCUACUAGAACUAACAAACAUGACCAGUUUUUGAAAAUAGUCGACUUCUAUCGCCACUACCUUGUCAACGCUUGUUUCGCUUUGGAUGCUCUUGGCCUAUACGUUGAUGAUUUGCUGUUACCAGCUUCAGAAUUGAUGAGGAACCCGACGAUAUGGUGGACAAAUCUUGGCAAGGACGACAAGGAGCGAACAAAAAUCUUCGACAUGCUCUCACAGGCCAGGAUGUAUUGA